AUGACCGUCGACGUCUUCUCCGUCCCAGUCUUCCUCGUCGUGUUCCGAGAGAGUCUCGAGACCGUCAUCAUUGUUUCCGUCUUACUUGCGUUCCUGAAGCAAACACUCGACGGCCCUCAUAGAGAUGUCGCCGUUUACAAGUCUCUGCGCCGGCAGGUAUGGCUUGGCACUGGCAUAGGUUUCCUGAUAUGCCUGGUCGCCGCGGGCGCCCUCAUCGGCGUCUUCUACAAGCUCGGCCGUAACAGCUGGGAAGCCCAUGAGAACUACUACGAAGGAGCCUUCUCCAUCUUCGCCGCCGUCAUCAUCACAAUCAUGGGAGCCGCCCUGCUCCGCAUCGGAAAGAUGCAGGAGAAGUGGCGCGUCAAGCUCGCCAAGGCCAUGGAAGCCCCCGUCAAGACCGGCGCAAAGAAGGGGUGGUUCAAGCACUUCAUCGAAAAGUACGCCAUGUUUGUCCUCCCGUUCAUUACCGUGCUCCGAGAGGGCAUCGAGGCCAUCGUGUUCGUCGCCGGUGUCUCCUUCUCGGCCCCCGCGACCGCCGUGCCGCUUCCUGUGGUCAUCGGGUUGAUCGUCGGCGCCUUGGUCGGUUAUCUUCUGUACAAGGGUGGAUCGACCGCGAAGCUGCAGGUUUUCCUCGUCAUAUCUACUUGCCUUCUCUACCUCGUCGCCGCAGGCCUCUUCACCAGGGCAGUUUCGAACUUUGAACAGCAAGCGUGGAACAACGUGGUCGGCGGCGAUGCUGCGGAGCUUGGGAACGGACCGGGCUCUUACGACAUCGAUAAGAGCGUGUGGCACGUCAACUGCUGCAGCCCUGAACUCAACGGAGGCGGUGGCUGGGGAAUCUUCAACGCCAUUCUGGGAUGGACUAACUCCGCAACCUAUGGCUCGGUCAUUGCCUACAACGUGUACUGGAUCUUCGUCAUGGCUGGCUUCUUCGUCAUGAGGUUCCACGAGCUCAAGGGACACUGGCCAUUCAUGAAGCCAAAGACAGCGCAGAACGGUGUUGUCGGCAGCGGUAGUGAUGCCCAGUCUGACGACAGAGUCUCUGACAAGGCUUCGGACAAGGAAAAGGUGCCUCCUACCACGAAGACAGUCACAGCUUCCUCGUGA